AUGUCUAAGAAGUGCGUUCUUGCGAUGUUUGGUUCAUUCAACCCACCAACAAAUGGUCAUGCAUAUUUACUUUCAAUGGCACGAAAAAGAAUAGAAAAAGAAGGAUAUCAAGUAGUCAAAGGAUUUUUCAUUCCAACACAUGGCGGAUAUAAGGAGAAAUCCGGUCUCGCCGAAGCUCAUCAUCGUGCAGCCAUGUGUGGACUUUUCAAUUUAGGCAAUAAUUGGAUUGAUGUUGAACCAUAUGAAACUUUACAGAAAACAUGGAGCCGUGUAGUUGUAACAUUACAGCAUAUUAGCGAAAAAUUCCCAGAUUGCCGUGUUUUUGUUGUCUGUGGAAUCGAUUUUGUCCAAAGAUGGAAUCAACCAUGCUGGGAAGAGGCAGACUGCUUAAAGAUUCUUCACGAUUACGGUAUUAUUAUUGCAAGAAGACAAGAAUCAUUAGAUAAUCUUAUAGAAGAAGUUCCAUAUUUACAAGGUGAACAUAAACUCGAUAAUUUUUAUGAAAUGAAUGAAAAUAUCCUUUCAGAAGUUUCAUCUACAUUUGUACGCGGACUUUUAGCUGAGGGCGCUCCAAUUAAUGGAUUAGUUCCUCAUGAAGUUAUUAAUUAUAUAGAACAAAACGGAUUAUACAAGCCAGAAUAA